CUGCUAUCAACGUCGAACCGGCUUAAAAAUGGAAAAGUUUAAUAAAGUCCAGGCCAAAAACCUUGCGGCGGCCCAGAAACUUGUGGACGCCUACGCCUCGAGCUCUGAAGGAGGGGAACUGGAUGAGCAGAAAAUUUUGGAUCAAUUGUACAAGCACUACCAACCGACAUCCAGUGGGUCUAGUGGAAAGACGGCAAGUGACAAGGAUGCCGCACGCACCACUACCUUCCUGGAGAACACCCUGCACUCUGGAGCGGCCACUUGUCUCAUUUGCAUUGGCAGCAUCCGACGAGUGGAGCCGAUAUGGUCCUGCAGGAGCUGCUAUUGCUUCUUCCACCUCAACUGCAUUCAGCGGUGGGCCAAUGACAGCAUGAUGCAGAUGAAAGUGAAGGCGGAGCAGCAGAAUGGCAACCAGGGCCACUACAAUCAUUUGGGGGACUUUGUGCCGCCCAAGCGUCAGAAAUCGCUCCACUGGUGCUGUCCCCAGUGCCGCAGGGAGUACCAGCCGGCAGAGAAACCAACGCAAUACAACUGUUUCUGCGGCAAGGAAGAAAAUCCGCAGUCGCAGCCGUUCCUAGUGCCGCAUUCGUGUGGCGAGAUUUGUGAGAAACUACUUCAGCCCAAGUGCGGGCACGAUUGUAAGCUGCUUUGUCAUCCCGGGCCGUGUCCGCCCUGUGCUCAGCAGGCGCAAGUCUCCUGCCUGUGUGGGAAAUCAGCUCCGCGGUCCAUGCGCUGCAUAGACAAGCAAUGGAAGUGCCAGCAAACGUGCAAAGAGCUCUUGGCGUGCGGGAAGCACAGGUGCAUCCAAGUAUGCCAUCGACCAGGUCAGUGUCCGCCCUGCAGCAGCAAGAGCAACCAGCCAUGCGAGUGCAAGCGAGAGUCGAAGGUGGUUAGCUGCUCGGAUCGCAAAUGGAAGUGCCAAAAUGUUUGUGGAGCGACAUUUGCCUGUGGCUUGCACACAUGUGAAAAGGUGUGCCAUGCAGGACCCUGCGGCGGUGGAGAGUGUCCCUUGGAAGUGAGAACGUGCCCCUGUGGCAAAAGUAGCCAAAUGCGGCCAUGCAGUGAGGCUGUGGAAACCUGUGGCGACACUUGCCAGAAGCUCUUAUCCUGUGGUCAGCAUUCGUGCACACAGCGUUGUCAUCGCGGCAACUGCAUUUCGUGCCCUGUGAGGACAAAGAAGAAAUGCCGCUGCGGUUUGCAUGAGAAGGAGCUGCCCUGCUCCAAGGAGCACACUUGCGAAACCAAGUGCAAGCAAAUGCGUGACUGUGGCAAGCAUGCAUGCAAUAGAAAGUGCUGCGGCGACCAGUGCCCGCCUUGCGAAAAGAUCUGUGGCAAGCAAUUGAGCUGCAACAAGCACAAGUGCCAGUCCGUGUGCCACAAUGGGCCGUGUUAUCCCUGCAAGCUGGAGUCUCAGAUUAACUGCCGCUGCGGCAAGACGCGGCGCAGCGUGCCCUGCGGUCGAGAGAAGAGUGCGCGCAUCGUCUGCUUGGAACUUUGUCGUAUAACUGCCAAAUGUCAUCAUGCCAUUAAACAUCGAUGCCACAAAGGCGAGUGUCCGCCCUGUGGCCAGGUGUGUGGACUGCCAAAUACUGCCAGCGGCUGUGGACACAUCUGCAAGGCGCGCUGUCACGAGGCUGUCAGAGUGAACCGGCCUGCCGAUGCAUCGGCCCGCCCUCAAACCAAAAAGUAUGAAUACAAAUCACUGCCACAUCCACGCUGCGAGGAGGGCGUCAGCGUCACUUGCAUUGGAGGCCACGAGGUGGCCACUUGGCCUUGCUGGAACUCCAAGCCCACUUCCUGCCAGCGCAAAUGUGCGCGGAAACUCAAAUGUGGCAAUCACAAAUGCUCACGCGUCUGUCAUUCCGUGCCCAAUCCGCAAGAUAUGCAGCAGCAGGCUGGCUGUGCCACAUGCGAGGAGGGUUGCAUAAUACCCCGUCCUACUGGAUGUAUACACGCCUGUCCCAAGGGCUGCCAUCCGCCGCCCUGCACUCCAUGUGGCUUUGUGAUAAAGAGCAAGUGCCACUGCGGUCUCACGCAGCUGGUGUACAAGUGCAGCGAAUAUUUCGAUGAGGCGGGCACUGUCCAGGAGAUAAUCGAGCGGCGGGAGAGAUUCCGCAGCUGUGGCAGUCGCUGCUUAAAGAAUUAUCCUUGCGCACAUCGGUGCAUGUCGAUAUGCCACUCUGGCAAGUGCCCCAAUCCGGAGCUGUGCCGCAAGAAGGUUCGCAUUUUCUGUGCCUGCAAGAGACUUAAGCAGGAGAUCGCAUGCGACAAGCAUAGGGCUGGACAAACGUCGCUGGAGUGCGACUCUAGCUGUGUGGCCGAACGCACCCGUGCCCAGGCCGCGGAACUGCAGCUUCUGGAAGAGAAGCGCCGCAAUGAGGAGGAACGCAAUCGCCUUGAACUGGAGAAGUUCGAACAGAAAUUCGGAAAACGCAAACACAAAGAACGCAAAACCAUAGACGUUGGUCCGCCCAAAACCAAAAUGAAUUGGCAGCGAACUGCCAUUUAUGUGGCGUCAGCAAUGAUUGUUCUGGGAGCCAUAGCUGUGGCUUUCUAUGCCGACAGUUAAAUGACAACAACGAAACACUUUAAAGAUGAAUCUAUAAUAUCAAUUUAAACGGAUAAGAAUAAACUACAACAACGACUGAUAA